AUGGCGAUAACAACGUUUCCAACUGUCGAUAAAUGUGCAUCGAUAGGGCGCGAAAAGGACACGGUGGUGGCGGACAUGGACGGAACUUUGCUUCGAGGCCGAAGCUCUUUCCCUUAUUUUGCCUUAGUUGCUUUUGAAGUUGGAGGGGUUUUAAGGUUACUUUUCCUUAUCUUGGCUUCGCCACUGGCUGGACUCCUGUACUAUUUCGUCUCGGAGUCUGUAGGAAUCCAAGUUCUUAUUUUCACGACGUUUGUAGGAAUGAAGGUAUCUGAUAUAGAAUCGGUAGCACGUGCAGUGCUACCAAAAUUCUAUUAUGGGGAUCUUCAUCCCGAGUCCUGGAAAGUGUUCUCUUCGUGUGGAAAACGUUACGUUUUGACCGCUAAUCCGAGGGUUAUGGUGGAAGCAUUCUUAAAAGAUUUCUUAGGAACUGAUAUAGUUUUAGGGACUGAAAUUGGAAUUUAUAAAGGUAGGGCUACUGGUUUUGUUCAGAAGCCAGGAGUCCUUGUUGGGAAGAAUAAAGCUGAUGCUCUUAAAAAGACUUUUGGAGAGACUCAACCUGAGAUUGGAUUGGGUGAUCGUCAUACUGAUAUUCCUUUCUUGGCUUUGUGCAAGGAGGGGUACAUUGUGCCACUAAAGCCAAAAGUUAAGGCAGUAACCACAGACAAACUUCCCAAGCCCAUCAUUUUCCACGACGGCCGAUUAGUUCAAAAGCCAACACCAAUCAUGGCAUUGCUCAUCAUUCUAUGGAUCCCCGUUGGUUUCAUCCUUGCUUGCUUGCGCAUUGCUGCUGGAUCACUCCUCCCUAUGCCAAUUGUCUACUACGCAUUUUGGGCACUAGGCGUUCGUGUAACCGUUAAGGGUAUCCCUACACCUCCUGUGAGGAAAUCCGAUAACAAAUCGGGUGUCCUCUUUAUUUGUUCCCACAGGACUCUUCUUGACCCUAUCUUUCUCUCCACCGCCCUUGGCCGACCUAUUCCAGCUGUUACAUACUCCGUUUCACGACUCUCUGAGAUCAUUUCACCGGUUAAGACGGUUAGACUGAAUCGUGAUCGAGAUUUGGAUGCUUCCAUGAUCAAGAAACUCCUACAAGAAGGCGAUCUUGCAAUUUGCCCCGAGGGGACUACGUGUAGGGAACCGUUUCUUCUUAGGUUUUCGGCCUUGUUUGCUGAGUUAACCGAUGAGCUCGUGCCAGUGGCCAUGGUGAAUAAGAUGAGCAUGUUUCAUGGUACGACGGCGAGAGGAUGGAAAGGGAUGGACCCGUUUUACUUUUUCAUGAACCCUAGCCCGGCUUAUGAAGUUACAUUCUUGAACAAGUUGCCCUAUGAGAUAACUUGCAACUCUGGCCGAAAAUCAAGUCAUGAAGUGGCUAAUUACAUACAAAGGGUCAUUGCUGCAACCCUUAGUUAUGAAUGUACUACUUUUACAAGAAAGGAUAAGUAUCGCGCACUUGCUGGAAAUGAUGGCACUGUUGUGGAGAAGCCUAAGACCAAGAAGCGUAUAAUGGGAUGCUAA